CAGACACCUGUGGUUAAUAUUGGUCUUGGUAACAAAUGUUCUGUGUGAUGUAUUACCCUUUAGGAACACAUCCUUACCAUGGGAUCAACGAGUUGAUGACCUUGUUGGUCGUUUGACCUUAGAGGAAAUGGCAGGCCAGAUGGGUGGUGGAAGCAUAACACCUGAAAUUCAACGACUUGGUAUUCAGCCAUACGUAUUUGACACCGAGUGUUUGAGGGGUGACGUAGGAGCUGGUCCAGCUACUGGUUUCCCUGAAGCAAUAGGUUUGGGAGCUGCCUUUAGCCCCGAAUUACUUUUCAAAGUUGCCAGAGCUACGGGGAUGGAAGUUCGGGCGAAGAAUAACAAUUACACAAGUCAUAACUCUUAUAAAUAUCACCAAGGACUCAGUUGUUUCAGUCCUGUUAUAAACAUCAUGAGGGAUGCAAGAUGGGGCAGAAAUGAGGAAACCUAUGGAGAAGAUCCAUAUUUAAGUGGUGUAUAUGCAGCAGCCUUUGUAAAUGGUUUACAGGGAAAUGACGCGAGGUAUCUUCUCACUAAUGCUGGCUGUAAACAUUUUGAUGCUUAUGCUGGACCAGAAAGCGUCCCCGUAUCUAGACAUCAGUUUAAUGCUCAGGUUAGUGAGAGAGAUUGGAGAACAACAUUUUUACCAGCUUUUAGACAAUGUGUUAAAGCAGGAACAUAUAGUCUGAUGUGUAGUUAUAACAGUAUUAAUGGGAUACCAGCAUGUGCUAGUAAAGAACUGUUAACAGAUAUAUUAAGAACAGAAUGGGGUUUCCAGGGUUAUGUUGUUAGUGAUGCAGGAGCUAUAGAAGAUGCGGUAUAUAACCAUAAAUAUAUCAACAAUAGUAUUGAUGCUACAGCUGCGUGUGUCAAUGCAGGCUGUAAUUUGGAACUACCUGUCGGCAAAUAUACACCAAUUUAUAACUCAAUUGUUGAUGCUGUAAAUCAAGGUAAAAUCACCAAAGAAAGGAUAGUAGAAAUGACCAAGCCGCUUUUCUAUACUAGAAUGAGACUAGGAGAGUUUGACCCUGAUGAUAUGAACCCUUACAAAAGCUUAAACGUGUCGAUAGUUCAAAGUGAUGCUCAUCGGAGCCUGGCUUUAGAAGCUGCAACAAAGUCAUUUGUUCUUCUGAAAAAUGACAACAAUUUCUUACCUUUCAAAUCAACAAUGUACUCAAAGAUAGCGAUUGUUGGUCCAAUGGCCGAUAACCCGAACCGCCAGACCGGAAACUACUCCCCCGAUAUAGACGAAAAGUACACUGUGACGCCGAGACAGGAAUUGUCAAAAUUGGCAGAGUCUUCAACUUAUGCUAAUGGUUGUAAUGGCGAUAAUAAUUGCAAAGAUUACGAUCAAACUGGAAUUAUUAAUGCAGUAAAUAAUACAGAUAUUGUCUUCGUGUGUCUCGGACUAGGAAAUGAUGUUGAAAAGGAAGGAAAAGAUCGUGCUGAUAUAACUCUACCUGGUCACCAAUUGCAGCUAUUACAAGAUGCUGUGCAAAAUAGUCCAUCUUCUGCGCCUGUGGUGUUAAUACUGUUAAACGCUGGCCCAGUUGAUUUAAGAUGGGCAGUCGGUGAGUCCAGGGUGGUCGCCAUCUUGGAAAUUUUUUAUCCUUCACAAACCACGGGUUUAGCCUUGAGAAAUGUUUUGACAAUGACUUGUCCGGUCGGCAUACCUUGCGUUCCUGCUGGAAGACUUCCGUUCACCUGGCCUCUUUCUGAAGAUCAGAUUCCACCAAUGGUAAACUAUUCUAUGGAAGGACGAACGUAUCGUUAUUUGAAUUCUGAACCCCUCUUUCCAUUCGGUUACGGUUUGUCUUAUACUAGUUUUGUCUACUCUAAUUUACAAUACGCCAAGUCUAUACAGGCAGGAUAUGACGUCAAUGGAGUGGUCACUGUGUCAAAUACAGGAAAUUAUGAUGCUGAAGAGGUUAUUCAAGUAUAUAUUACAUGGCAGAAUUCAACGGUUCCAACACCAAAGAUCCAACUGGCUAAUUUUACGCGAAUAUUUGGCUUUAAACAAGAGUCGGGAACAUUUCCAUUUAGAAUAACACCUGAGUCGAUGGCAGUUUGGGUAGAUUCUACAGUUGGCUGGAAAGUUGAACCGGGAACUUAUGGUAUAUACGUUGGAGGACAACAACCAAAUCAAAAGACAUCCGUUGGUUCUAAUGUAUUAACCGGCCAGUUUACAGUAACCGGUUCAUCUAUUCUAGGAAAAUACUGA